CAUCCUAGGCUUGACCCUCUUACACAUACAGCAGCAGGUUUGAGUGGGUCCCACCAAGAGUGAGCCGCACUUGUCCCACCUUCGAGCACGCCCAUGGCUAUUUCUGGCCAGUUGUACCAGCGGUCCCAGGUAUAGGGCCGUAUGAAGAGGCUGGACCAGGCCCCAGGAGCUGAGGCACGAGGCCUGAGCGAUUAGUGGAUGGGCCUGGCUGAGUCGGGUUGAAACCGCUUGAGCGGAUGUCCUCAUCCAGUGAAGAGCCCUGUGGGGCGAGCGCGCGGCCCCGCCCGUCUGGCGCCCGUCGAGCGGGUUGGAAGCGGUCGCACACCGCGCCCUUGACGACCUGGACGCACUUGAGUCCGGUGAAACGGGUCAAAGCCGACGAAUCGGGGGCGGAAGGGGCGCCGUGCCAGUUGUGCCACGCCUACGCGUCGACCUUCGACCCGUUGCUGCAAUGUGACGAUCUGCGGGCCCAUCAUUUCUGCCUACUAUUUAGUUCGGGCUUGGGUCAACGCGGCUCGGAGGAUGAAGGAUUGCGGGGUUUCCUGCCCGUGGAUGUGCGGCGAGAAUUGCGGCGCGGAUCACGCUUGAAAUGCGUGUAUUGUAAGCAAAAGGGCGCUACGGUGGGGUGUGCCCGCUCCACGUGUAAGAAGAGUUAUCAUUUGCCGUGCGGCAUGCGGAACAAAUCGGUCCAGCAAUACUUUGAUCAGUUCAAGUCCUUUUGUUCCGCCCAUCGUCCCGUGCAGAAGGUCGCACCAACGGCGGUGCGACCCGCCCAGGUGGCUCGGCCCGAGUGCGGCUUGUGCGCGCGAGCCUUGGAUAAGCUCCGACCGACUUUUUACGUGCUGCGGGCGCCGUGCUGCGGCGGGUGGUUACACCGUGAUUGUUUGCAGAGCGCCAUUCUAGCCGAGGCCGGUACUCAGUGCCCGUUGUGUUUCGACAACACCGUUUUUGCCCGGGAAAUCCGGAUCUAUGGACUCUACUUUCCCGUUGAAGGGCUUAAACCCCGCCCUACCUGGCCCACGGGCGCUCCACCGCCCCCCAUAAAAGUGUGUGGCGCCAAGUUUUGCAUCUGUCCCCGGGGUCGGCAAUUGGGCGAAGGCCCGCCUGAUCAUGAUUGGUACCUGACCCGUUGUGCCGCUUGUCAAAGUCGCGGUAUUCAUGCGGCUUGCGGUGGCUUAACCGCUUACCAAGAUCCGCUCUGGUUGUGCUACGCCUGUCGCAUGGUGGUGCGGGAAACGCCGGAGAAUCGUGGUUUACGCUUCAAAUGGGGUACGGCCCGACAAAUGCGGCACGGCCAUGAGUUCCGAACAGCCCAAGAGCUCAAAGCCGACUUAAAGCGCACCAUCUACCGUUUAUCUCAGACCCUUGAGAGCCCGGAUAAUGAGGUCUCCACCCAUGGUCCCUCUUGUCCACCACCCGUUCAUCGUUCACAGCCUCCUCCAGUUCCUCCUCCUGGCCCGUCCACGGCUUCCGCGGCUCCUCUGCCGCCUCCCACGACGCCGACGGCCCCCACUUAUCGGAUCGAUCCCAAAGAGCACUACAAUCUCACCUUGGAAGAUCUCAUUGUCCGGGGUCUGAAUCGCGAGUACAAUCCCACCUUCAAGAAGCCACCCUCGAUCUCGUCUGGGCCCCAAUCGCCCACCAAAGAAUCCUCGCCCGGAGACUCGGAUUAUGAGAGCUCCCAAGAGAGCCACUCAUCUGGUGGCCAAGCGAAUCCGCGACCCCAAGGCUUGUCGUCUCAAUCGCCGAGCGUUCCGGGAUCAGCCUCCAAUUUGGAUGCCAAGAUCCAUGCCAAAAUCAAAGACUAUUUCAAAAAAGACCAUGACCAUGCUUAAAAAGCAACGCAUGGUCAUGCAUCAUCCAAGCAUGCCGUUGUUCUUCCUGGUGAACCAAUGCAACCACCUUGGUCCCAUUUCCGAGUCCCAACCAAGUGGGAAAGACCCUCUAGGGCAAUAAACCUGAACCUGACCAAGACCAACGAGAAACAGUCCAGCAAAAUCGAUUGUCGUUCAGAAUGAGUCUACUUAAGGAUGGCCCGUUUCCCAGGUUCUCCUUCUGGUGAUCUGGACACGAAACUCAAUUCCGAAUGUUACAAAGAAAUAUCACGCCCUAUCAAAAUUGACAUGUGAAAAAGAGCAUCUAAAAGAGUUUACGAAUUAGAACCAGUCAAAGAGAAUAUACAUCCAACCACUAUACUUUCACACAA